AGACUCCUACCAGAAGCCUCGGAGAGCCGCUGCCAGUCGGUGUGAACAAGACAAGACAAGCUCCCUGCGUUUCUCUUGAAAGGGAGGAAAGGCUCCUUUUUCCAGGCCCGGCACUGAGUGGCUGCCGCAGCAGGAGGCCGCGAAGAGGCGCGCUGAGCAGAGGAGCGGGAGGAGGUGGGGCGAGGAGGCGGCCAAGUCUGUCGGCGAGGUCAGAGGCCGCCGCGGAGGCCGCCGCGCACCGGAUGCUCGGAUGGCGGGGCUCGGAGCGCGCAGCGUCCUGGUGACCGGAGCCAACCGCGGGAUCGGCCUGGAGCUCGUCCGGCAGCUCUUGGGCAAGCCCGACCCUCCGCAGUGGGUCUUCGCCUGCAGCCGGGAGCCGGACGGGGAGCGCGGGCAGGAAUUGCGGAAUUUGGCUUCCAGACACCCAAAUGUUGUAAUGAUAAAACUCGAUGCUACGAGUCCUGCAAGUGUUAAGGAUGCCGCAGGCUGCGUGGAGGAUCACCUGAAGGGCUCUGGGCUCAAUCUGUUGAUAAACAAUGCAGGGAUUUAUAAAGAGGUGGAUCUGGAAGCAGUGGAUCUGGAAGACAUGAUCAAUAAAUAUAAGACCAAUGUGGUUGGGCCACUGUUAGUAAGCCAGGCUUUCCUGCCUCUGUUAAGGAGGGCCGCCCAAGCCAGCUUGCAGGAAGGGCUGAGCUGCAGAAAGGCAGCCAUUGUCAACAUUUCCUCUCUCUUGGGCUCCAUCAAGUUAGUCUCGCUAACCUACGGCAAGCCCGCAAUCUCUUACCGCUGCAGCAAGGCUGCUCUUAACAUGCUGACAGAGUGCCAGGCUAUGAGCUACAAGGAGGAUGGAAUUCUGUGCACCAUGAUUCAUCCGGGAUGGGUGAAGACAGACAUGGGUGGCCAAGAGGCUGACGUCACAGUGGACGAGAGCGUGCGAGGAAUCCUCAGUGUCCUUUCCACACUCAGCAAUGAGCACAGCGGUGCUUUUUUUGAUUGGAAGGGCAAGAAGCUUCCUUGGUGAAGGUCCUAUAUAUCAAUAACAGGCGAGACCCAGCCGGGAUGAGAGUUUGUUUCUGUGACCCACGCCCUGGGUGCCCAAAAUAGCCUCUAAAAGAAGCCAGCACAAGUCUUGAAGCCACUUUCUUCAAUCGGUUUGGGCAGAACUUCUCAGACGGUGAAUAAACCUCCUUCUGUUCAGAAAUGUUUGUCCUCCUUUAUAGGCCCAGUGUCUUCAGAUGGUGCAGGAAAAAGAAGUCUUGGUUUGCAUGGCAUAGUGUGGAACCUAGCUGCCAGAUGCAAGAUACAGUGAUGCAGGAUAAUUUCUCCUACUUUCCGCAUGGAAAGUACCCUUACGAGAUCACCUUGCUAUCCAUGUGGCUGAGUCUGUGUGUGUGUGUGUCCCACCAACAACUUUGCAAUUGCUGUACUGAUUUGCCCCAAAUUUGGUACAGGUACAAGAGACUGCCCCCAGCAAGCUAGAAGCUGAGUAGAAAGAAAGUACAGAGGACUCUGAGUAGAGACCAGUAUAGAGCCAGGUAGUGGUUGUAUUUUUUCAGCUUUUUAUUUCCCCCUGACAUGAUCUGUAAGUAACUGUUUUGAGUGUGUAUGUUUUGCUGUAAAAUAAAUGUUUUAAUUGAACUGA